AUGCUUUUGUCUGAUUGCGAAACUGCAAAAACCACCACCACUAUUCAAAAAACAUUAACAAAUGCAAACAAAAUUUCAACAACAUCAAUAAUCGAAUCAAUCAAUCAAUGUAAAUCAUUAGUAUCAUUCAUCGAAUCGAAUAAUGACACGAUAUUCAAUCAAUACAGUAUGGAUAUGAAUGAUUACAAUAUCAAAGAUAUUAUAUUGCAAUAUAAUAAUGAUAUCGAUUCAAUCCUUUUAGAUUCGAUCUAUAAGUUUAACAACAAAAAUCAAUCAUCAUCAUCAUCUAAAGUAAAGGCAAAACAUUAUCGUUUUGAUAUGAAAACAGAACUUUCAAAGCUCUCUUUUGGUGUUUUCGAAGAGUACAUAAAAAGUGCAAUACAUCUACAGGUAUUACCUCGUAGUAAUUUAAAACUAGUCUACAAACAUACCUAUAUCUUCUCAACACAUCAAGAAAAUGGAGCAACUCUUUUUGACAUUUCGAACAACACCACAGAACCAACAGAGAUCUUUCAAUUGAAAACCCCUUUAUUCGAUUUCAAUUCAGCUUAUGUUGUUCAGGCUGGUGAUAUCAUCUAUUCAACAAAUCGAUCAAGACAACUUUUUACAUUUUCACUUAUAACACAUGAAAUGAAUAUCAUUACUCAUAGAGAUCUGGAAAAUCUUGAUAUUUAUUAUAGCUCUCUAUGCUACGAUGGUGAAAAACAUAUCCAUUUGAUCUGCUCAAAUAGAUCUAUUUAUCAAUUAAAUAUUGCUACACAACAAAUUAAACAAUGUUACCACAAACCCCAAAAACGAAAAAUUCAUUAUGAUACUGAUGAAGAUGAUGAUCCAAUUCCUUUACUUUCAUUCUGGUACAAAGGUUUAUUAUAUUGUUUCUCAGCAUCAAAUAUAAUGUUGAUCUACAAUCCAACAUCAAAGAAAAUGCAGGAAUAUAACAUGUGUGAACAUGAACUCAAUUGUAAUUCAAUAUGUACCGAUGGAAAUGGAAAUGUCUUUAUUCAAACAUCAAAAUCGACUUUCCAUCAAUUUAAUCUAGACUCUAAACAAAUGGUCAAUCUCAAUUCAGAUGGUUUAUCUAAUCAUUGUUAUUCGAGUGUAUACCACAAGCAUUCUCGUGACCACUCCUAUGUCUACAUGCUAUGUGGUGAUGCUUAUGGAAAUUUGCGAUAUUCAAUCGAGAACGAUCAAUGGGAGAAUGUUGAUAAUAAAAAGAUAAAGAAUAAUUGA